UGGGAGGGAGCUCCAGCAUGAAGUGUCCAGAGCUCCGUCGGGCUUCAGGUAGUCCCUUACCUUAGACCUCAAGACCCUGCAUUCACUCAAGGGACGCGCUUUCAGUAUCUACCCUCUUAGCUGCUCCCAUCUCGAUAGUUACCCUACACAACUUUAACCUCAGCGCUCCGUUGCAUAUCAGUCCAGCAUGAACGUCCAAUACAACUCGGCCCUGCGCCAGAGCAAGGCCAUCCGCAACGACCUCGAGAAGCUCUCCUCCUCAGCUGCGCAACCAGCUGCCUUGACUCCUGCCGAAAUUGGCAACGUGUCCGCAUCUCUCGCCUCCUUUUCCAAGACCGUCGACGAAUACAACCAACUAGCUCGUCAGGAGCUUGUACCAAAGAAACAAGAAGAAGCCUACGAACGUGUGAAACGAUUCCGCGAUGACCUCUCCGAUUUCCGCUCUCAGGUCGACUCUCUCAAGAAGGCUCGCGAAGAAGCCGCCCACAACAACAAUCGUGGCGAGCUGCUAGGCCGUCGAGCUUAUGUUACUGCCACCCCGGAGAACCCCUACGCCAACGUCAAUAAGUCAUCCCAAUUUCACAGUCGUGGAGCUUCGACGGGCCAGGCCGGCGGCGGCGGGUUGAGCAUGGGCGGAAACGAUGUCACAAGAGAACAACACGCUCUGCGAGAGCAAAACUUCUUCGCUAGUACCAACUCGGCCUUGGACGAAUACAUUGCUCGAGGGCAAGCUGUACUUGGCGAUCUUGGAACGCAGCGCGAAAUGCUCAAGAACACCCAGAAGAGACUCUACUCUGUCGGCAACACGCUGGGCAUCUCUGGCGACACCAUUCGCAUGAUCGAGCGCCGCGCCAAGGAGGACAAAUGGAUCUUCUGGGCCGGUGUCAUCAUCUUCUUCCUCUUCUGUUGGGCGUGCAUACACUUUUUACGGUAAACGCACAUCACGUUUGGAGUUGCGCCGCCAGAGACGAGGAAACGAAGUUUGGGCAACAAUCAGGGCAAAGGCGUUUGGAGUUGGUGGGGCUGCAGUGUAUGCGCCAUGCAAAACUUUGGUCA